AUGUCCAGCAAGCCCGGAGAGCAGUUCGAGGUUCGCCAAACCUCAACCACUGAGGACUACACUCCCGACCCUUCGAAGUCGCUCCCACUCAGCCCCGAGCGCCAGGCUCUUGUGGACGAUAUUCUCGCGCUCUACAGCUGUCAGCCUACGAUCAGACGCGUUGAGCGUUACACAGCCGACUGCGUCUACGACGACCAGUUCGUUUACGCCAACGACAGAUACAAGAUGGCAGGCCAAUGGUUCGCUCUGCCCAAGUUCUUCAAGGAGAGCAAGAAUGAACGUUACGAGAUCAUCAAGAACGACAGAGACUUGAUCCAGUUCAAGAACGAGCAGUCAUGGACAUUCAAGCUCAUUCCCAAGACCGCUACCAUCAACGCUAUCGUCUCUCUGUCCCUUGAUCCCGACACAGUAGAUUCGGACUUCAUCCAAGUCAAGUACCACAAGGAUCAGGCCAACGACAAGGAUUAUUCUCACAACGGAUUCGGCUUCCAGUUCAAGAAAUUCCAGGCAGACAACGUCGUCAAGCUCAUGUCAAGCGAUGAGGUGAAAUAUUUCGAGAAGGACAAGCAUGCCGCCAAGGAACCCGUAAAGAAGUACGGUACUGGCGAUGAGACGGGCCAAGCUCCUAAGCAGGACUUCUAAGUAAUGAGAUGAGGUAUAACAGAACUUAAUGUAUUAUGAACACAUGAACG